UAGAAAUGUUUCAGUCUACUUUACAGGCAGACUGAGCAAGCAGGACAUGGGACUGAGACUGAAGCUGGGAAACCUCCGGUCCGGCCUGAACGCCGCCCUGCUGUUCGGCCUGAUGCUAGCCUGUCUACACCUCUACACGCUGCGAGAGCGCAUGCACCGACUAGAGAGGAAGAUGACGCUGGUCAGAGGCGGAAGUGACGUCAUCAGAGACAAACCUGACGUCAUCAGAGACAAACGUGACGUCAUCAGAGACAAACGUGACGUCAUCGGACAUGGACGUGACGUCAUCAGAGGCAGGCGUGACGUCAUCAGAGACGGAAGUGACGUCAUCAGAGGCAGGCAUGACGUUGUCAUAGACGGAAGUGACGUCAUCAGAGACGGACGUGACGUCGUGCGGAGAAGCCUCGCCGCGAAAAAGGAGCAGGAAUCCGUUCAAGACCUGAGCGAUCAAGUCGAACGUUCGAAUGAAGAGCACUCCGUCGACUCGAGCUUGAGAAAAGCACAGAAUCUUGAAGAAAAGGAUUCCGUCGACUUGAGUAAACCACAGGAUCUUCAAGAAGAGCGUUCUGUCGACUUGAAUAAACCACAAGAUCUUGACAGCAACAUUUCCUCGGCGAAAAUCGACUCGGAGGCAAAGAACACCACUCUCGCACCAAAGCCGGCAUCAACCAGCGCUGCCACAGCUGCCGUGACUCUCAGCCCGCCUCUCCACGCGACAUCCGCACCUCCGGACCCGGUCAUCAACCCGCACAACUUCAACUUCAUCCUGAACAACCCGGACAAGUGCGGAGACGGAGACGUCCUGCUGCUCAUCCUGGUCACAACCACAGUCCGGGGGCAGGUCGAGCGGGAGACCAUCAGGAGAACCUGGGGGAACGAGUCCAACAUCCCCGGCGUCGUCUUCAAAACGGUCUUCGCCGUCGGACUCACGGAUGACCAGGAAGCUCAAGCCGCCCUGGUGGAGGAAAACAACAAGUUCAAGGACAUCAUACAGGAAGAUUUCGUCGACUCCUACCACAACUUGACUCUGAAAACGGUGAUGUGCUGGAAGUGGGCGUUCCAGUACUGCCCUAAAGCUCGCUUCAUCAUGAAAGCCGAUGACGACACCUUCGUCAACAUCUUCAGCGUCACGCGGCACCUGAUUGGUCUACUGAAAUCCCGCGUCACGCGUUACGUCACGGGGUGGGUGUACGUGGACACCAAACCCAUCCGCGAUCCCAUGAGUCAGUGGAACAAGUGGUACGUCAAGUACGAGGACUACCCACGGGACUCCUAUCCCAACUACCCCUGCGGGUUCGCCUACGUCAUCAGCAAUGACGUCACCAAGACUCUAUACGAGACUGCUGAGACGAUCAAGUAUCUGUUUUUAGAAGACGCCUUCCUGGGUCUGUGUAUGGAGAAACUUGGGAUCGAGCCGGUACACCAGGGAGGGUUUAUACCGUGGUACACGCACAUAGACUCGUGCCAGUUCGACUGGCUGAUGGCGAGUCACUGGGUGAAACGUUAUGAGUACAUGUGGUACCUGUGGAACACUCUCACUAGCUGCUGAAAGGUGUCAGAUCGUCUGUGAACUAGUGUUUGUAACUAAGGCCACGUUUCCAACAGACAGGAAAC